CGCUGCCCUGCUUCCACCAGGGAGGGGGAACGUGGAAGUCUCUUGCUUUUCCGGGGUUCUCCACCUUCCUCCAAGCCUCAAGCUGGCCUGGCUCUAGGUCCCUUGAUUCCAACAGAUGCCAUAAAGUGAUGGAGCCCAACGGAUCAGUCGUUGUGGAGGGGGCAAAGGAGAAUGGUGCUAACGGCGAUGGCGGUCAGGAGCCUAAGGAGCAGGGCCCUAGGGCAGUAGAUGUCAAUCCACUUCCUGUUCCUUCGUCUGCUGCUGAAUGUGAUGCUUGUCCCUGCUGUCUUCCGUAUCACCUCCAAAGAGAUGCUCCUCCUGAUCAUCCUGGGGCUGAUGCCAAGCUGCAGCCCCACCCAUCACCUUCCAUGCAAGUGCUUGAUGAUGCUCGGGUAGCAAAAGUCAGAGAGAAUGAAUAUCCAAAGGAAGUCAUCCUGCUUGAUCAAAAGGGUGCAGAAUGGAGUUUUUAUCCAAGACACGGGCAUCUUCAUACCUAUCAUAAGGGAAAAAAGUGUCAUUUCAACGGUGUCUUUCGUGCGUACCAGAGGUGUUCAACAGAGAUAACAUUGGACAAAUGCUUUGGGAGAAAAAAAUAUGACAUUGAUCCCAGGAAUGGACUCCCAGAACUGACUCCUGGAGACAAGGCAUAUUUGCGUCCAGAGGAAUGUCCACACUUUUACAAACAUGGAGCAACUGUACCGCCAGUGAAUUUUUCAAGAGUCCCAUAUGUAAAGAAAGUAGAUACAUUUAUUCCUCUGGAACCUCUGCCAAAAGAAUAUCAUGCACCUUUUUCUGAGAGGGAGAAGAAAAAGCAAAAAAUGAAUGAAAUAAUGGAAGUGGAAGAACUGGAGGAGUGGAAGCCAGCAGUUCCCUUAAUGUCUUGGUUUUUCCCCACUGUACCACCGCCAAAACAAAAAGUGAUAACAAUCUGAGAAGCAUCGGACCCAGUAAGAAUAAAGUUUCUUGGGAGAUUAUGUAAAUAAGAUGGCAAAGUAUGCUCUUGUCACUUGUUUAUUAUAGUCAGGUUGUCUUUUUUUUAAUAACUUGAAUUUUAUUUUUAAACAAUUAUUAAAGUGUUCUUGAUAGUC